AUGCAUGGGCUUCCGUGCUCAGCGCUACAGUACUGUUUCGGUGGUCCUCCAGAUGUUUCUGCUGCCUCUGCUCCAUACCUGGACCCAGAAAUCUCCAAAACUGGACCAGAUCCGGUCAUGGGCCUGGCUGUUCUCACUCAGCCUGGUCCAAUAAACCCUGUGAGGACUGAUAGCCAGCCUUCAUUUAGCUGCAUCUCCAUCCAGACCAAGACUAACGGGACUAACGGGACUAACUCCAAAACCAAAGAACUGGGCACAGAGAACCAGGACACAUUUAAUUCGUACCCAAGCUCAGAAGGGCUCUCAGAGGAAGACGAUGCCCAGGAUAAGAGCCCUGUUGUGGACACAAAACGGCCACAUAUUCCCCGUCCAUCUAUCAUCAGGCCACAAAAGGAGCACCCAAUCCAGGACAGCCUGCCAGUCAGAACAGAUUAUACUGAGCCAGAGGAUGGACCGUUAUCAGGUCUGGACCAGACAGACAUACCAGAGGGACUGUCCCGUGCGCGGAGCAUUAUGGCAGAGCCAGACUAUAUGGACUGUGAUAGCGAUGAAAUCGUUAAGCCCAAGAAACUCCUCAACCCAGUGAAGUCCUCCAGAAAUCACCAGGACUUACACAGAGAGCUCCUCAUGAACCAGAAGAGGGGCCUUGCACCGCAGAAUAAACCAGAACUCCAGAAAGUGAUGGAAAAUAGGAAGAGAGAGCAGGUGCUGAAGGCUCAGAAAGAGGAGCAGGAGGCACACAAGAAAAGGUCAGACCUUGAGAUCGAGCUCAUGAAGAGACGAGAGACCCUCGAACAGCUGGAAUUGGAGCAACAUAAGAACGAAGAGGAGCAAGAAAACACCCCAGAGUUUGUCAAAAUGAAAAGCAAUCUGAGAAGAACCAAACAGGAAGUGGACGGGCAGGAGCGUACCACCUAGAAACAGUUUCCAUGGCACAUUUGUUUACAUGGUAACUGGACUGUGGUUUGUGGGGAUUUCCUGGUGUUCCUCCCCCAUGUGUCCCUGUGAAACAAGUGACUGUAGAUGAACGGUUCCUGUUGCCUGCUCGCAGACACAACCAGUAUUCACGCUGCAUCUUUUCCUGAACAACGAUCGCAAAUAAAGAGGAUUGACACGCAUACACACAAACUAUUGCACAUGGGCGCAGCCUCUUUGCUACUGGUUGACCGGCUUCAAAGAACAUGCAUGGCGGAACAAACAGAGACCACAUUAUUACUUUGUUGGGUUUUUUUUUUUUUUUUGGAGGGGGGGGCACAUUUUUUUACUAUUUUUUUUU